AUGGAAACGAGACGCACGCCGGGCGGUAAUUUUGCAACGGUCAAGUCUAAAACUAUCUAUGAUAUUGUUUCAGUGGACGAGAAGAUAUUCUGCUGCCACGGCGGUCUGUCGCCCGACCUGCAGGCGAUGGAACAGAUCCGGCGGAUUAUGCGGCCGACGGAUGUGCCCGACCAGGGGCUGCUCUGCGACCUGCUGUGGUCCGAUCCCGACAAGGACACCGCCGGCUGGGGCGAGAACGACCGCGGCGUCAGCUUCACAUUCGGCACUGAGGUGGUGGGCAAGUUCCUGUCGAAGCACGAGUUCGACCUGAUCUGCCGCGCGCACCAGGUGGUGGAGGACGGCUACGAGUUCUUCGCCAAGCGGCAGCUCGUCACGCUGUUCUCCGCGCCCAACUACUGCGGCGAGUUCGACAACGCCGGUGCACUGAUGUCCGUGGACGAGACGCUGAUGUGCUCGUUCCAGAUCCUGAAGCCGGCGGACAAGCGCAAGCUGUACUCGGGCCUGAACAUGGGCCGCCCCAACACGCCGCCCCGCGCACAACCCAAGAACAAGAAGAAAGACAUAUGAGCCAGACGAAGCCUAAAGCUAAGCCCACCCGCCGCCCCGAGCCACCGACAUGCAUGGAGUCCCGCCACCAACCGCCCCGGCCCGCGUACGGACAUAGAGUAUCCCACUAUAUCACCCCAACGAGUCUGUGUGUGGUGUUUCUCAUGAGCUUCCUUACCUCACCAAUACUAUAUUCUACUAUGUUCAAAAUUUCAUACUGUUUGUUGCUACUGAACGCAAACGACUCGUUUUUGGUAAUUUAUCCGAGUUAAACAAAAAUAAGGAUGCAGACAUGAUGGUUUGAAAAACUCUCGCUUAUUUGAGCUAUUGGCAACAGUUGUAAUCCUUGAGUUUGUAUUAUCAUCGAAACUGCCAUUUGAUAUGAUGCCAGUGAGACCGGAUAAGUGAUACUCUAAACUUCAACUUGGCCUUUCUGUAAAAGUGCGCGUAACUGACAGUAAAAUAACUGUUUAUUAAAAAUUUUAAGGGCAUAUACCAGUGUUUUGCAGAUUUUAUGACGAUUUGCAACCAAAUACCUACUUUACUGUCUGUUGUACGCGCUUAUCCAUUUUAUAGAAUUUGUAUUCAUUAUUUUUAUGUAUAAAAUGGUUUUGACAAUCAAGUAUUAUUUGUGAAGCCGCUAGCUCUCUGAUGUCCCCCGUGUAGUCGCGGUGACGUGUACAGAGCGAUGUUGCCAGCCCACUGUAACAUAAUUACACUUUGCUUCGCAAUAACCGUAACUUGUAAGUUUGUAUUUUUUUAAUACGACAAUUUCAGGUCCAAAGGAUGUUUAUAAUAUAAAUAUUAUAUUGGUAUUUGGUACUAAGUGUUGCACAGUGGCGGUGUAUUUCUCUGUAUGUUGAGUUUUUUAAGUUAUGUAGUAAGCAACAUUAAGAACCAAUGUCACCGUUCACGCGCGAUUAAAAAUCGAUAAAAUUCGAGAAGUCGCGCGUGCGGCAACACUGGAUGGGAGAUUGUUUUUAAAUCCGAAACAUUUUUACUCUUUAGAUAUAAACUGCCAGUGUUAUUCCAUUUAGUCAUCUAUAUUAUAUUUUUUUGUUUAUACUUGACGAUGGCAGUCCAAACUUGGCUUGGGAUAUCCCUGUAGGGCGUUUUGUCUGCGGACGGAUGUAACGUGUGCUGCGUGAAUAUGUCUGGGAGAAUGUUUUCGUAUGACUGAUGUAUGCUUGAGUUGUAAUCAUUAUCAAACCGUGUUAAUGUAAGUGCGUCGGUCGGUUUCCACGUCGGCGGGCAGACGAUUCCACGUGUACAAAAAUAUAAUUUUGGCUGAAUAGGAAAUUCCUUUAUGUAAAAAACAAAUAUUCAACAAUGACAAUAUGCUCCGUUAGUACCGCAGUACGACGAGGCGUCCACACGCGCGACGCUCCGCCCGCGUGGAAACUGCGCGACACGGAUAAUAAAUUUAAUGACCGACUAAUGUUAAUUGAAAGGAAAUAUUCAAAGUAAACUAAACUCCUUUGUAUAAUUAAGUAGUAAGCGUAAAGAAUCCACUUGUAAACGACGCGUAGUGUGUUGAUUAUAUGAACAAAAUAAAAAAAAAUAUAUAGUUGUAAAGACGCAAUCACACCGUCCCCUUGGUGUGUACGAUGCUUUGUGCGACUGAGGAGUCUUGUGCAACCUGCCACUGCGACUUUUUGUAGCCGCGUCUUUCCUUAUCUUUUUCGUCGACGGUUUUAAUUGGAAAAUUACGAAAUUGGGACGUCUUGUAAAUAUUGUUUUUUGAAAAAAAUGUCAUGCACAUUGUCUGGAGAAUAGAUUUUUUAAUUGAAUGAAGUUAGCGUGUCUCGCUUACUUGCAACGGUUUGAAAUAGCCGUUACGUUUGCUUUGUUGAAACCGUCACGGUUGCGACUAGUAAGAUAUCAAUGUUUGUCCAUGCGCCGCCAUGUUGAAAUUACUUAUUUAUGUUUAUUAAUUUUCCACCGAUAGUGUUACCAUGGUGUUAUUCCAACGGUUGUAUGAGACGAAAGGCGUUCGGAACAUUAUAAUUUAAUCGCUAUUGAAUGUGUUAGACUGAUCCGCGCGGCCGCCUGCCGAUCAACAAACAAUCAAUGAUCUAUUGAUGUAUGAAGAGAAUUGUAUAUUAAUUUCAUAAAUAAAAUACUUCUGAAA